UCUUCCGUGCCAACAACGGACAACAGGCAAUGGAUUUUGCUCACUUUUCCCCUGUUCAAAUUUGUUCCGGGCGAACACGUACAAGGGGACAGGGUGUUCCGACUUUAUCGUUUCGGUUUGCAAUGGUACGAGACGGAGCACAAUGCCGAACUGCUGCUCGAACCUUACGGCGCCGCAGCGAUCAAGUUGCGUAUCCCCGUGCCGGAUCGUCCUAACCGCCUUCCACGUGGUGAGGGUGUUGGAGGUGGCCAAUUGGGACGCGUGGCUCAGUUGCGCCGUUCACUGCAAACCUUGUUUGACGAAGAACGACUGGAGUUGCGUUGGAAAGAUGCUACGGAGGUUCGUCUUUAUGCGGAACGUUUAAUCCAGGAGGCUAUUCGUUCCUCUUAUGAGCCAGGAACUGAAGAACUGGUGCAAUUCUGGUUAGAUACCGAACCGGGUAAAACGGUACCAUUAGACGAUCUGACUGUGCAAACCUCAUGUGCAGUGUUAGAAUUGGUUGUGUUCUGGUUAACCAAACCUCAUCUGGUGGAGAAACUGUUCAAAGUGUUUGUUCCACGUUAUCGAUUUUACGAUCGGGCCUAUACGAGUCUGUUUCGUCUCCCUCCGGCACAACAUCCUUCGCCCCACGCUCAGUCGUUUCAUGGAUUUGGUGUGCUCGAAUUACAUGGUAAUCCGUGGCCUCCUGUUCGUGGUCCCGUUUCUGAACCGUUCAAGGACCGUUAUUUGGUGAAUAUCCUAGUCGCGGGUGCACUAAAACACGCCAGAGCGCAACAAAACUCAUCCUCCGAACCAAACAAGGCUCAAACCGUUUCGAUGGACUCCACAUCACCAGCUGAAAUUGAAAACAGCUGA